AUGACCAACAUUGCAGGUGUACCCCAUGCAUCAAGCGAAGACGACGAAUAUCGUGGCUACUAUAUUCCGAAGGGAACAACAAUAAUGCCCAAUCUAUGGUUCAUGUUGCGAGAUCCGGAAGACUACCCUAAUCCGGAGACGUUCCUCCCGGAACGCUUCUGGGCUCUGACCGCAGAAGAGUCUGAACGCACAGACCCUCGGAAUAUAGUGUUCGGACAUGAUCAUCCUAGUAGAAUUUGCCCGGGUCGUCGCUUUGCGGACAUCAGCGUGUGGCUCGUGAUGGCGAACAUGGUGGCGACGUUCAAUAUCUCGAAGGCCCGAGACGCCCUGGGGAACGAGAUAACGCCUCCUGUGUUGUACGAGCCUGGUUUCACGAGUGAGCCUGUGCAAUUCCAGUGCUCAAUCAUACCGCGGUCGCAACAAGCUGCAGAUUUGAUAAUCGGUGCCACGUGA